AUGGAGCACCUCGGGGUGACUUUGCCCGCCUUGCGCAGCUCCUGGGAGGGGGGCCGGCCUGUUUCUGGCCCUGCCCCAGCCCCCGGGACCUCCCCGAACUUUGGUGUGGGCAGCCGGGUGCCGGGGACCCGGGGAGGGGAGGACGCCGCCAGCCCUCCCGCUUUGGCAUGGGCCGGGCAGGAGCCUCGGGCCCUUGAAGGCCCGGCCUCGGGACCCCGGGAUUCAGAGGACUCAACGGACAAGACCCAGACAGCUCGGAAAGGCCCCGGGCCCCACUUCCCGGGGCUCUCGGGGACCGGCGGAAGCUCCCACGCGGCGAGUCCAAACCUUCAGAUGCACCAGACAAACGGGCAGCACGACUACGGGCUCCUCCCGGGAAAGGGGAGGCGGGGAAUGGCGCCCAAUCUCCCGGCCGAGCCCCCUCCUCCUCCUGGCCCAGCCCCCGGGGGCGCCCAGCCCCGGGCCCCACCAACGGGCCCUCCCUCCCUCCCUUCCGAGGCCCGACAGCAUCACCGAAUAAGUGGUUCCAAAGCCCCCCUCCCCCCCCAAAUGGCAGAAGGGCCCGUCCUCGCUCCUCGAGAGGUUCUUCCUGCGGAGCCCGGGCCGCUGCUGGGGCGGAGCCGGAAUAGCCGCGGGGAUGGGGGGGGUGGCGGCCCCUGGUGGUGGGAGCGGGGAGCGGAGCCUCCCCGGGGAGUGACCGGCGGGCGGGAGCCCUCAUCCUUCCCAGGAUCCCGGGCGGCUCCUCCCUCCCACGCCCCCACCCCCCGCGGAGGGGACCGGCAGGAACGCGCGCUGACCCGGGGGCCCCUGCUCCCGGAGCCCCCGGAACCAUCUGCCGCCGGAAGCGCCUCUGGCCCCGAGUGUGGCUGUGCUCACGGGAAGCCGGGGAGGGCGGGGGGGCCACAAAGCAGGGAGCUUGUUCCCUCCGGCCAGAAAAGGCCGGGGCGGGUCUCCAAGGGGAAGGCCACAGGAGCCUGCUGA